AUGAAUGCGAAAAUCAAUGGUGAAAAGUUUCAUCUUAAGGAAAUGGAACAGAAUAAUUUCUUUGAUUUAAAGGAGUUAAUGAACAAAAGAGAUUCCGGUCAGGAGCUGGUGGCGGUUCGAGUGCCAAUCAAUGGCAUGACAUGCCAGUCCUGCGUGCGGAGCAUCGAGGGUUCAGUACGAGAGCUGCCUGGCAUCCAGCACGUUAAAGUAGAGCUAUCAGAACACGCAGGAUACUUCAGAUAUGAUCCCGGCGUUUGUUCUGUUGAGGCGAUUCGCUCUCACAUAGAGGAUAUGGGGUUCGAUGUGCCUGCCGACAGCAACGACGAAACGAGGAUUCUUCUCCCCCGCGAGAUACCGACAGACUUGCUUAUCGACAUGACGGGUUCGAGUCCGGCGAGUGAAAGCACAGUUCUCAUAUCCGUCACAGGAAUGACUUGUCAGUCCUGCGUCAAUACUAUUGAGGGUAGUCUAAAAGAAAUGCCAGGCGUGAUCCAUUCAACUGUCAGUCUGUCUGACAACACAGCCCUUGUUAAGUUUACACCGAAGUCGAUAACUCCUAAACAAAUAGCUGACGCCAUUUACUCUUUGGGUUUCGACGUCAAUAUCAUCAGUGUGGACGAUCAAAAUUAUACAGAGUUGUCACAAAAUAAAAGCGAAGAAGGUUCAGGAGAUCGUGUUAAAACGUCGCCCGUUAAAAAUAGGACGCAGCAAAAUGGCACGAUAUCUCCUCCAGGGGAGAUAGCUCGCUGCACGCUUGAAGUCCGAGGGAUGACUUGUGCUUCUUGUGUUGCGGCGAUAGAGAAACACUGCGCUAAGAUUAACGGGGUCCACUCAAUAGUGAUAGCUCUACUGGCCGCUAAAGCUGAAGUCAGAUACGAGCCGGCCAAGGUAUCAGCUCUAGCCAUAGCCGAGUCCAUCUCGGAGCUGGGCUUCCCUUCCGAGCUCAUCAGCGACAGCGGCGCUCCAAGGGAUCUGAACCUAUUGAUAAAAGGCAUGACUUGCGCGUCGUGUGUUAACAAAAUAGAGAAGUCAGUACUUAAACUAAACGGUGUUGUUUCCUGUUCCGUCGCCUUGACUACGUCCAAAGGUAAAAUAAAAUACGACCCCGAGAUAAUCGGAGCUCGUCGUAUAUGCGACGCGGUGACCGAGCUGGGGUUCGAAGCGACGGCCAUCAGCUCACAGAACCGCGGGACCGCGCACUACUUGGAGCAUAAGGAGGAAAUUAGAAAAUGGCGAAACGCAUUUCUAAUAUCACUAUUAUUUGGUGGUCCCUGUAUGGUGGCCAUGGCGUAUUUCAUGGCUAUGAUGGGACACCAUACCGCUGAAGAUAUGUGCUGCAUCCUGCCCGGACUCUCGCUAGAGAAUCUGUUGCUGGGGUUAUUGGCUACACCAGUACAGUUUAUUGGUGGAUGGCAUUUCCACAAACAUGCGUACAAGGCCUUAAGGCACGGUACUUCUAACAUGGAUGUACUUAUAUCACUGACGACCACUAUCAGUUACGCCUACUCCCUAGCGGUGGUGAUAGCAGCGAUGGCGCUUCAGAGGAACACCAGUCCUGUCACAUUCUUCGACACGCCCCCUAUGUUGCUGGUCUUUGUGUCUCUAGGAAGGUGGCUCGAACACAUCGCCAAGGGCAAGACGUCCGAAGCGUUAUCCAAGCUGUUGUCUCUGAAGCCGACUGAAGCAGUUCUGGUGACCUUAGAUCAGGAAGGUCGUGAGGUCGGCGAAAAAAGUAUACCAGUGGAUUUGGUUGAACAGGGCGAUGUUCUAAAGGUAGUACCCGGUGCGAAGAUACCCGUUGAUGGCAAAGUUAUAUCCGGACAGAGUACCUGUGACGAGUCUCUUAUAACCGGGGAAUCGAUGCCGGUUGCAAAGUCGAAAGAUUCGAUGGUGAUCGGGGGUAGUAUCAACCAGCACGGGGCGCUAUUGGUCAGGGCGACACAUACGGGCGAGGCGAGUACACUCGCGCAGAUCGUACGACUGGUGGAGGACGCGCAGAGCAGUAAGGCGCCGGUACAACGCCUCGCCGACACCAUCGCCGGGUACUUUGUGCCGAUAGUGAUGUUCCUGUCCGUACUCACUCUGGUCUGCUGGAUCAUCACCGGAGCGAUUGACAUCAACAGGAUCAAAGACAUAACACCGGAGAUGUACCGGCCCUCCGGGGAGUCCCCGUGGGAGCUGGUGCUGCAGACGGCGUUCCACUUCGCGCUGGCCGUGCUGGCCAUCGCGUGCCCGUGCGCGCUGGGGCUGGCCACGCCCACCGCCGUCAUGGUGGCCAGCGGCGUGGGCGCGCGCCUGGGCCUGCUGCUCAAGGGCGCCGAGCCGCUGGAGAACGCGCACAAGGUCAAAACGGUAAUCUUCGACAAGACAGGAACAAUUACACGCGGUAGUACGACAGUUGCAAGAGUUUCACUACUGACGGGCGAGCCGUCAAUGCUACCGGAAGUACUCGCUUGCAUACUAUCCGCGGAAUUGAACUCCGAACAUCCAGUUGCGUCUGCGAUAGUGAAAUGGUGCUCAAGUGUGGUGGGUGACGCUCGGGCUACUUGUAGCGGGUUUGCUGCGGUGCCGGGUUGCGGGCUACGCGCUAAGAUUACAUUGAGAAGUGAUUUCCAACAAUCUCCUCAGUUGCAGGCAGCUUUGGCUAAUGCUAGGGAAGGAUCAACGAUCCAGCUGCAAGGUGUUCCAGUGGAAGUGGUGGGGGGAGCGGGGGACGCGGCGCUCAGCAGCGCGCAGGCCGCUGCGAGGCUACACGCUCUCAUGCCUUCUACUGGAGAGCAGCAGAGUACAGUAACAGAACAAUUAGUGCUAAUCGGUAAUCGAGAAUGGAUGGCGAGAAACGGAGUAUCGGUACCGCGAAAGGUCCAAGAGACCUUACAAAGGGAUGAGGAACUUGGUCGGACCGCUGUACUGGCGGCUAUUAAUGAUCAGCUAGUGUGUACAAUCGGAGUGGCUGAUGAAGUUAAGCCGGAAGCACAUCUAGCGGUCUACUGCUUGAAGAAAAUGGGCCUAGAAGUGUGUCUUCUCACUGGUGAUAACAGGAAAACUGCGGUUGCCAUUGCUAGACAGGUUGGAAUAAACAAAGUGUACGCAGAGGUGCUGCCCUCACACAAGGUGGCGAAAAUACAGAAACUACAGGAACAAGGACAAAAAGUUGCUAUGGUGGGUGACGGUGUAAAUGACAGCCCGGCUCUAGCUCAAGCGGAUGUGGGCGUGGCCAUCGCCAGUGGUACUGACGUAGCUGUGGAGGCUGCAGAUAUUGUUCUUAUGAGGAACGAUCUGCUAGACGUGGUCGCGUGUCUGGAACUCUCCAGAACGACGGUUCGACGGAUAAGAUUAAACUUUCUGUUUGCCUCCGUCUAUAACCUACUGGGUAUACCGCUGGCCAGCGGAGCGUUCGCUGCUUAUGGGCUACAGUUACAGCCGUGGAUGGCGUCAGCGGCUAUGGCGAUGAGUUCAGUGUCCGUUGUUUGCUCAAGUUUAUUGCUCAAAACCUUUAGAAAACCAACAGCCGAACAGCUGAGGACAAACGAAUAUCUCCAAUCAAUACAUAUAGAAGAAUUGGACUCUGUUUCUGUCCAUCGAGGGUUAGACGAAAAGAUAGACCCCAUAGACAGGACCUCGCCACUAGCCAAAUUGCUAUACCGCAGUAAGUCUUCAAACGGCUGCCUCCUACAAGGUGAAGAUGACAUGCUAACAGUGUCGUUCAUACCGAGACGACCCACCCGGGACGCGCCCAGUUUGAACGGAUAAAAUUACUACAAGACAAUUACUACGAGAAAAUUGUUAGAAGACACGCGUGGUUUCGCUUGGAUGUCUUUAUACGCUGGGUGGCAAAUUUUGACAAACGCUGGAAAAUUUGUUAAAGCAUUUGUAAUACAUUUGGUAAUAUUAGUCUCCAAUACCUUAUUUUUUAACCCCCGUUGUUUAAUUAUUUACAAAAAUCUUCGUUUAACUUAAAAAAAACUGUAAUUCCUUACAUAAAGCUUCCAUCAAAUUCUAAAGGAAUGGGUCAUUUAAUAUAUCAUCCAUUGAACGGGUAAGAUUACCAGAAGACGCGCGUCAUUUCACCUGGAUAUCUUUACAGAUCGGGGGUUUGACAAACGCUGGGAUAUUUUUUAAAGUAUUUGUAAUACAUUUGAAGUUUAUUAAGGCUAAUGCCUUAUUUGUUAGUUUAAACGGGUAAAAUUACUAGAGGAUGCGCAUGAUUUCACCUGGAUAUCUUUAGAGAUCGGGGGGGGGGGGGUUAGGUUUGACAAACGCUGGGAAACGUGUUAAAGUAUUUGUAAUAUAUAUAUAUAUAUAUAUAUUAAUAUUGGUCUCCAAUACGUUGUCUGCCAACCCCAUUAUUUAAUUAUGGAAAUAAAGAUUUGUCUAACUUGA